AUGUCGAUACAUGAUGCUAGGGCACGAGCAGCGAAACUCCUAGAGGGCUUCGAGAAAUCAACCGGUGCACUUGUUUCUGCACAGAUUUCUCAAACUAAUUGUCAGAAGGAGGAGGAGAAUAUGAUGUUGAAGAAGCAAGAGGAAGCACUGCAAGAGAACGUAUUUCUCAAACGUUUUGUGCAUGUGCAGAACGAGCGGUGUAAAGAGUACGAGGGGAGAAAGCAGGAGUUGAAGAACCUGAAGGACUUGGUGAAUCAAAAGAAGGAGCAGUUGAGAAAUCUGGAAGUUUACAAUUAUGGCUUGCAGUUGAACCUGGAUGAGGCUUUGAAGAACUGCUCCAAUGUCCCAGCUGGACGUUUCAAUCCAGAUGUCUUUUAA